UUCACUUGCACAAAGUGCAAGGAUAAUGUUAGAUACAGCCCAAAUGACCUGCAGAAACAUUUUCAGCUGUUACACUAUGGCGAGUUGCCUUUGUAUCCAUGUGAAAUGUGUAACUUCUCGGCUAAUGACUUUCAGUCAUUUAAACAGCAUAGACACACCCAUCGUGGCAGUUUAGUAAAAUGUGAGCUCUGUAAUGAUGAGCAUAUGUACACUUUGUUGGAUUUGACAAAACACUUCACAUCAAAGCAUUGUGUAAAUGGUCACUUUCAAUGUGAGAAAUGUGGGUUUUCUACCCAGGAUGCGGGCACAUUUAUUCAACACAUUCACAGACAUAAUGAGAUUCCAUAUGAAUGUGGAAAAUGCCAUCAUGAAGUCCUUAAGCCUAGAGAAAAUACAUGGAAGCAAUCCCAGUUGUUCAGAGAGAAGCCACUGGCAAAGUAA